AUGCUUCUUACUAAGACUGGGUUACGUUUCUUUUCAUAUGGUUAAUAUAUCAAAGCUAAUGUUGUCAACGGGAUUUCUGAAAGCCCAAUCCAAGUGACCAAUUUCAAACUGCCAUGGGGCAAACUAUGCCAGAGAGAUGAUCAAGACAAAGAGAUCCACUCUCCAUAUAGUGAUGUCUAAAUCAGUCCAAAAGCUUAGCGCCAAUUUUUUUGCGGUGGAAGAAAGAGCAUCCCUUUUGGCACUGAAGGAUCGUUUGACAUCCAGGAAGGCGACAACUUAGUUGGCACGUUCUACUUUGACUGCCCAUUCAGCAUUUUCGGGACAAACAAGCAACAGUGGACCCAGCAUCAAAAUAACUAUGUGGUUCAGAUCAAUCCGCAAUCGCCAAAGUCGCGUGGAGCUUUGGGAUUGGUGACAAUUUCACCCCCAAAAAAUAUCUUUGCCUUCCUUUGGCCAAACUCAUUGACCUUAUUGAUUGUUUGUAUGACACUCAUAGCCAACACCUACUAGAAGCCUCUAGUAUCACUAACCUCCACAGUCUAGGAUAAUACUGCUAGAAUCUUUAUGAUUUAAUGGGAAGCCACUCCUCUUUUUAGUGUAUUGUCCCCAUGGGUCGGUGUUUAUAGGAUCAUAAGUCCAGACACAGCUCCUAUAAUGGUCUUUGAAACUCAAGGUUAACGUCAAGGUUAUUUCAUGGUGACUCUACCUGAUGUUGACUUCUAUGAGGCCAGGUAUUUCCAGAGAUACAACAAUAAGGACAUCCUUAUAACGACUGGAGACUUGAUUCAAGUUGAGAAUAAUGAGGCCAUCAUAACCUUGAGCGCUUCAUUUAAAGACGAAAAGGGAGAUGAAGUCCCCAUUGUGAAAAUUGAUUGGGUCUCAAAUGUAACAUAAGACAACGAUUAAAUCUUCCUUUACAGACUUGGUUAAAGGGACCCAGUGUGGUAAUUCAGUGUUGAGAAAUAAGGGGCAGGUGCUACUUAGUAUACGGUUUCUAAAGGAUAAAUUGGAUACUACUACGCUCAAUAUUCUCAAAGAGGAAUAGACUCCUUUAAGAUGAGUAAUAUUAUUCAAGUUAAGGAAUCCUCACCUAAUUUCAUUACCAUUGAGGGUUAAACUGUCUCAGGGAAGUGCAAGAUUACCUGGAGUACUGACUUUUAAACCAACCAGGAUACAAUCUAGGUAAAACUUGGCAGGAUAAAUGAACUUGCUGACAUUAACAAACUUAAAUACCUUGUGGAGACCUAGGAUCAAUCUUAGCAGUCUGUAUUCAACCACAGGUAUGAAAAUGAAGCAGGCACUUAUAUGGCUUACCUUUACAGGAACUAAUAACUCAUCGCAGUCUCAAACUUGGUUCGAGUAAGGUAACCAGAGGUGAAUUGCCCAGCUAAGAAAGGAGAUACUAUGUCGAACAUAAAAAACAUUGUUAUUUUGAUUCCUGAAAAUCAUUCAUUUCUGAGUUACUGGGGAGAUUAUUGUGAAGCUCCACCAGGUAGCAACCCCACUUGUAACGAUGGCCCCAAGUGUUGCGAGACCUAUCCCAAAAUUGUCGAUGGAGCAGGUCCUAUUAUGAUGGACGAUGACUAGGAAGUAGACAGGAAUCAUUUGCAGAUAUGCCAAAUCUGCAGGAUAAAUGGAGGAAAAAUGGACAAGUUCAUCAAGGGUUGCCAUUAUCCGAUGAAGCCCUUCAAUACACCUUGUAGUUCAGAGAAUAACUUUGCCAUAGCAACCAAAGAAAUUAUGAAAACAUAUCAUCAAAUGGCCAGAGAUUACGCCAUAUCUGAUCGAUACUUCUAAGCCUCAGCUGGAUAAUCAAGCUAAAAUGACAUGUAUUUUGCAAGAGCUGCAUAUGUUUUCAAGAAUAAUGAUUGGGUUCCUAAUGCAAAGAAAGGGUCACGCUGUUUAUCUCGCGAUAUUCCUACCUAGUAACCUGAAAAAAAGACUCUAUUUGAUCCAACUAUUGCCUCACUUCUUGAUGCAUGCGACUAAUCACUUGCAUUUUAUGCUGAAGGGUACGAUGCAUCUAGCACAGAUUCAAUAAUACCAGAAAUAGUUUGCUUCCCCAAGCACUAUGACAAUUCUGAUGUCCCCUUCCAAUAUUAUGCUCCCCUGGCUGAUAACCCAAACUUCAAUAGAGAUUAUAACCGAUUCUGGAGAGAUGUGCAUCAUAGAACUCUACCUCAAGUCAGCUUUAUCAAGGCACUAGGUAUGAGGACAGGCCAUCCUGGAACUGCAAUACUUGGAGGUACACUUACUUAAUGCCAAGACUUUGCUCAAGAUAUUCUGGACAUAAUCUAAGCAUCUCCCACUUAUCGCAAUCAAACUCUCUUUGUAAUUGCUGAAGAUGAAUCAGGUGGUUUCUAUGAUCAUAUCUCUCCUCCACCGACAAGUCCUACCGACAAUAUUCCUUAUGGUGCCAGAAUUUCAAAUUUGUUUUUGGGGCACUUCGCUAAGAAAAAUUACAUCUCUCAUGAUUUAAUUGAACAUUCAUCACUCAUAAAGUUCAUUGAGUGGAAUUGGCUCAACGGUGAAACUGGAUAGCUAAAUACCAGAGACUCUGAUAGCCAAGUUAAUAACAUUGGGGAUUUGCUAGAUAUAAGCAAGACAGGGACAAACCCACCCUGA